AGGCAGAUUCUGUACCUAAUUUAUUAUCGAGGUACAAACCCCACGCAAGUUAGCGUUGUAAGUUUAUUAAGCCAAGUUAUAAUUAGCAGUUUAAAAUGAAUAGUUAAAUCCAGUCACCUUGACAUAAAGGGAAAACGAGAGCUAGACCUGAACGUGAGUAGCGAUCAUUUCCGUUCGGUGAGGCGGCUGGAGUCGGUGAUGGAUGACUUUAGCUCCUCCAUGGAUCUGGGUUCGUCAGCCGGAGGCUCGGACCAGGCGGAGCUGUCGCGGCUGAUUGCGGUGGAGCAGCAGAAAGCUCAGUUCCAGCUCAAGGUGCACAACUUCACCGACGUGUGCUGGGAGAAGUGCGUGGAGAAGCCGAGCUCCCGGCUCGACUCGCGGACCGAGGCCUGCCUGGUGAGCUGCGUGGACCGCUUUGUGGACACCACCUUGGCCAUCACCAAUCGCUUUGCCCAGAUGGUGCAGAAAGGGGGCCACUGAGUCAACAUUACAGUGAAGGUGACUGGCAGACCUCCCGUGGAGCGAAGGAAGAAGGGUGUGUCUUGUACAUGUUCUGGAACCAAACCAUUGCAUUGUCUUUUGUACUUGUACAUGCUUUGAGCACAUUUCAGUGUGAAUGCCCUUGCUGCAAGGUCAUUUCAGCAACUUCCUCUGCCACUGUGUGUGCGUGUGUGUUUUGGCUGCACACCAAUCCUGUGUAAAUUCAGAAAAAUGCCAUUAAAGUCUUUUACUUCAUUGCUA